CGAAAGUUCUACGACAGUAGUACUGUAUUGUUCAUUUCAUCACCUCCAGGCAGUUGCAGGUCGAAUCGAAGCACACUUUUUUGGUUGGAUGGGAACAUUCAGAUUUUGUGUACCAUCAAAUAACCAUCAGACAUAUUCAAUAGAAGCGCCUCAAACAAUCUCUUUAAGUCAGCACCGGUAACCACGAUGGGAAAGUCAGCGGCACGAGAUACGAUGGUGUUGUUGCUAUCGGUGCUGUUGCUAGUCAUGUCGUCCACAAGCUCUGCAUCGUUCCUCGACAAAGACAAAGUCCGGUCAAUCCGAGCCAAUUCUGCAAAACCGACUCGAAAUCUGUCAUUUGUUCACUCUUCUCGGCACCGAUGCGGCAAUCGGGAAUAUGGGUUCCCAAAAAGAACCGACAAGAUUGCAGCCACGUUUCUGUCGAAACUCCGAGGCGGUAGCAAUAAAAGCGAAUCCGUUGCGAACGGCGGUGCCAACGAAAGCACAACUGAUAAUAACGGCAAGCGAACUAGCAGCAAAGCAAAAGAAAAUAGAAAUAGAAACAAAAACAAAUACAAAAAGCAGCUUGUGCACAAGGACGAGAACAAAAACAAGCGCAGUGACAGUAACACGAAGAACAAGCGGAAAGUAACUACCGAUGAAGAGGAAGAAGUCGUCGACGAGGAAAACGGCGUCGAUUGUGAUCAUUCCCUAGGAAGUCGAGAGAACAAGUCUGACACAUCGAGUAUUAAACUAAUAGAGCAGAAUAGACCGUCAAAAUUAUUUUUGGUCGACCCCUUUCGCAUGAACGAAUUGGCACGAUACGAGGCUUCCAUCGAACAAGAAGUUGAAACCAACGACGAGAACGACGAUGCCGAAGAAGAAACCACACCAAUCGCUGCCAGAAAAGAAAUGUCCCAUGAAUCGAAAAAUGAAGAAGAUGAUGAGGAGAGGGAUCGUAGAAACAAGAAGGGAAAGAAAAAGUGGGAUCGAACGAAAGCAGCAACGGUAACUGAGCCACCUACUAACGAAGGAUCAAAAAGUGGUGAAGAGGGCGAGCCCCUUAUUGCAUCCGACGAUGGAGAAGUCUCGAAUGGCCUCGAAGAAGAUCCAAGAAUCGAGGGAGAUGAGCAAACAACAAAAUCUGAUAGCGUUACAACGGACGACUCUAAUUCGUUUUGGUGGGUGGAUGUUUGGACGCAACAUUUAUCCGAUCCCGAAGAUUUUGAGGGAGAGCAUGUUGGUGAUGCCGAUGUUGAAGAAGGUAUUGAUAUUGAUGUGGCUCUAGAAAUAGUUGACAAAGAAAGAUCCGGUUCCAGCGAAAGCAACGGAAAAUUCGGAAUCGAAGACGGAAGUGAAGUAAAAGAGAAAAGAAGCAAAGGUAGAAAAAAGAAAAACAAAGGCGACCGAUCAACCAGUGAAAAUAUAAAAUUAUCUAAAGCACCUGACGGUAACAUCACAGUUUCUAGUGAUAUAGUAUGUCCCUCGGUGAUUGAAGCUGAAGAAUCAUCAACAAAAGAAAACGCAGCAACGUCAACGGCUGACGAGAACGCAAAAAUGGCGGUGUCGGAACUAGACGUUGCUCCAUCGUAUUUGUCGUCUGGAGCAUGGAUUACAAUCGACAAUUUACUCACGAUCGGUCUUGCAUCAAAAUAUCCUGCCCUUCGAUUUUCUCGAAAGAUACGUACAGUACGAAAAUUAUCGGCUCGAAUCACCGGGCUUCAUGGAGUAAUGAGCGGCAAACCAAUCCGAUCACUUUCGGAUCUAAUGAACGGAACCGAUACUGAUAUUGAUACUAAUUCAACCAACAUCGACCACGGAUCGAUGUACAGUAUCAAAAAGCAGAUCGCAGCAAUCGACAAAGCUCGAGAGCGCGUAGAACUUGCCGAGGCGGAAGAAAAAGUUAGAAGGCGAAAACGAUCUUUCUUUGGCUUUCGUGUUAAAAGUGACGUUGAGAUUGAAGCCGCUGUGCACAAAAUCCAGAAGUCAGAGGACGAUCCAACAAGCGAUAAAGAGAAAAUCGAAAAAACAAAGGUCCCACAAAAAUCUCCAGAGGAGAUGGAAGAGGAGUAUCAACGAAUGGAAAGAGUGCGGGAGAUUGAUACAUUGAUAUCUGAAGGACAGAGACAACUUGCUGAAUUGAUUUGCGAGAAAGAUGUGUUGCAAAGGAGACCGAACCCUCUAUUCAAUUACACAACAAAAGAGACGAUUACUAGAACAGAAGUAUCUACUAAUGAUGAAGCGGUCAUAGAUGGGAUUCAUCAGUCAGGAUCGCAAACUGAUCCAAAUGCUACGAAGAAGGUCAAGAUUCAAGCAACUCGAAAAAUAAUUUUUCCACCUGAUGACCUUGUAGCAGAGUAUCUCGAUAUGAUGCUUUCGACGAGAAGACUAACAAAAAUGAACCACACACAACUGUGGAGGGAAGGCGAAAACGCAGAAGACGAUGACGAGGAGUCGAUUGGUGAUGACUUGUUUACGCCUUCUGCUGAUGUCCAUCGGUUAUACCAACGUUCACCGCGCGAUUCUGAUGGAAACGGUAGUAAAAAGGGCAGCAGAAACGGUAAGAAAGGCGGUGGCGGCAGCUGGCUGUUGCGUCAGAGCAUUGGUAAUGGUCCAACUCUUGGAGAAAAGAUCGGACAGGCGGCCGAAACCGCGGCGUACAAGGCCGUUACAAAUGCAUUGAUGUCAUUUUUAGCCAGAUUAAUAUCAUCGCUCCACGGAAUCAACGUCAUGAAACAUUCUGAUAUUCGCCUUGUUCUGGAGCAAUCUCCAGACUUGCCUCCCGUCCCGAAAGACGGAAUUAUUCGUGGUGACCAUAGUAAUUAUGCGGAGGAGACAAUCAAGACGGUAAUGCGUCAGAAAAGUAGACGGUCCAAGAAACGAUCAUCCAAACGCCGUCUAUCCGAGACUUUGUUUGUGCAACAGGAGGCAGUAACAGAAACUCUACUAUCCCAUGUGCAGAUUUCUGCACCCCUACUCAAGCUCUUCCCGCUUGCGUGGCAACGUGCCUUGCUUGGCAAUAUAAUCGCAUUAUCAUGCGCAAUCAUAUCUGAUUUUGUCGAAGGGCUUCACUUCCAGAUUCUUGGUCAUGAGUUAUCGUUCUCCUUUCGGCCGAUCACAGAAGUUGAUAUGGCACGCCAUUUUCAAAUGGCGGGUGGUAGAUUCAAUCAGAGACGGUACAAAGCUGCGGAAUUCGAGGCAGCUGUCCAAGCGACAGCAGAAGAUCUAAAGGAAGAACUCAAGUUUCUAGAUAGCUGGCACGAGCGCGCGCUCGGAUCUGGAGUCCUUCGAACGCAAAUCGCAGAUAUGAUUGCACGGAUCGUUCUAACUCUCACCGACGAUGUCUUGAGCGGUGCUCGGAUGGAUUUGUGGUCUGUACAGGCAGGUGGACCACGAAUGCUUGCUGGGCUGGAACACAGGAUAGAGGAACGAAGCUAAAAGAUAGCAGCACUGAUAUGGUAAGUUCUAAUAGACAAAUAAAUACAAU